CAAUUUUCUGUCCCGUGGAAAUCAAGUGACCUUGUUCUGAAAGUCGCAGACAGGAAAUUUCAUGUCCAUCGGGCUGUUUUGAUCCUCUGUUCGCCAGUCUUCGAGACCAUGUUGUCUUCGGAUUUCAAAGAGAAAAGUGCCAAAGAAAUAUCACUUCCGGGCAAAGAUGCAACGGAAAUAGAACAAAUGCUUCAAGGUAUUUACCCCGAUCAAGAUCUCUUUAUCUCAAAGGAAAACUGUCUCGCCCUUUUGAAGCUUUCGACUGAAUACCAAAUCGAUCGACUGAAUGCCCGCUGCCAGGAAUACUUAGGCCACUGGUGCGCAGAUUAUGACAACAUGACACCUACGAUGACUGUAAACGAAGCAUUGGAAGUGAUAAUUGUGAGUCAAAGAUUUUUUGUUGAAGAAUACAUAGUUGAAAAGUGUGUGCAUAAGUUUGUGGAGGAUAAAAAUCAGACGUGGGAGGAAAUGCAGCAACAUAUCCGUUACUCUGAGUUAGAGCCUGCUUCAGUUAAGCAGCUUACAGAGGAAAGAGUUAAAUACUUGGAGAAAGUGUUGAAAAUUGGACGCAAACCUUUUGGCUCGUGCGUGACUCCCGGAUUCAAUAAAAAUAACUACUUUAGAGUGUGA